UGCGGUUGCCCCUCAACAAACACGAAACCAUUGUCCAGCCAUGUCCCUUACCAACGCGUCGCCAGAGCAAGCCGCGCGUGCUGCAAAGGUCUCAUCCAGAACGCUCGGCAUCUUGUCGGAAGAUGCCAGGAACCGCGCCUUGGAUGCAAUCCACGAUGCGCUGGCAGCAGCCAGAGACGACAUCCUGGCAGCGAAUGCCAUAGAUCUUGACAAGGCAAAGCAAUCUACAGCAAACGGAGAAUUGAACCCCAGCAUCUACAAGCGCCUCGAUCUUUCCCGGAAGGGCAAGUUCGAUGAUAUGCUGCAGGGGAUUAAAGAUGUUCGAGGUCUCGCAGAUCCAGUCGGCAGAGUGGACUUACGCACAGAACUCGAUGAUGGACUCAUCCUCACACGGCAAACAUGCCCUAUCGGCGUCCUUCUCAUCAUCUUCGAGGCCAGACCGGAAGUUAUCGCCAAUAUCGCUUCACUGGCGAUCAAAUCUGCGAAUGCGGCCAUCUUGAAGGGCGGCAAAGAGUCGACAGAGUCCUUUAAGGUCAUUGCUUCGACUAUCGGAAAAGCCCUUGAAGCCACAGAAGUCCCGAACGACUCAAUACAACUCGUGGCCACGCGUGAUGCGAUCGAUUCUCUGCUCACACUCAGUCAAUAUAUCGACCUCGUCAUUCCGCGAGGAUCAAAUGAGCUUGUCAGGCAUUGCCAAACAAAAGCUCACAUGCCUGUGCUCGGGCAUGCCGACGGCCUUUGCGCCUUAUAUAUCCACCCUGAUGCUGAUGUGCAGAUGGCCGUCAACGUCGUUGUCGACUCCAAGACCGAUUAUCCUGCUGCCUGCAAUGCUGUGGAAACACUACUUGUCCACGAGGACGCCUUGACGACGAUUCUCCCUUCAGUCGCAAAAGCUCUGAUAGCAAAGGGAGUUACGCUACGUUGCGACGCCGAAUCGAAAUCAGCACUUUCGUCUGCAUUGGGCAACGAAGCUUCCUCACUUCAGGACGCCACCGAUGCAGAUUACCAAACGGAGUUCUUAGACCUCAUCCUCGCAAUCAAGACGAUCAAAGGCUCGCCCAACGAUCCGUCACAGGCCAUCGACGCAGCAAUCGAACACAUCAACACUUUUGGCUCUCACCACACAGACGCUAUCAUCACAAAAUCGGAAGAUGUCGCAGAUCGUUUCUGCAAUGGCGUGGAUGCAGCAUGCAAGUAUUGGAACGCCUCGACUCGAUUCUCUGACGGCAUGCGGUUUGGUUUCGGCACUGAGGUUGGAAUCAGCACAAACAAGGUCCACGCAAGAGGACCUGUUGGACUAGAAGGACUCAUGAUUCACGAAUAUCGAAUUGCGGGCAAUGGGCAGACGGCAGCCAUGUACGGCUCUGGAGGCAAGAAAUUCAAGCAUGCCAAGCUGGCAUUACAGUAAGACGAUCGACACCGUACAUCGGUAUUGGAAAUAUGGCAGCGACGGACGACAUGAAUGGCUCAAGAGACGAUGCUCAACCUCGACUUGUAUACACUGCGCCAUUUCUCGCAUGGCGCAAACCUGGCUAAAGUUCAAAGAGAAGCUCAUGCAAUGAAACAUAAUAACCUCAAUACUCGCUGUCGCGCUUUUUCUGCGAGCCCAGGCCGUUUACCCCAUCUCUCCCAC